CCACAACUGACGACGCAAGAUGAUAUUACAACUAUUGCUAGUGUUCUACAUCUUCACCACAUGUACAACACCACAAGCAGUGACACCAAAUUGUGACCUUGCCCGCAGCUCAUUCUCCUGCUCCGACGAACAAAAAAAGCAUCUGUACGAAAAAUGCUUCACCACGAAAUUUUGCACAAAGAAAGACAACUUCAAUCCACAAACUCUGCCACAAUGUCCACGGGGCUUCGUAGACGCGAGCGAUUUCUGUUACGCAAUCACCAAAAAGUCGCCAUUUCCGCCAAAAUGUCCGUUCACAAACGUGCGGUCGAUGAAUUUCACGCACGUCGAGGAUAUCAUCAAACGGGACAAAAUCGGUGCUGUGUGGAUGCCGGUUCAGAGAAACAUCACCAACGGUCUUGGGUUUCUGCAAUGGGUGGAACAUACCCGAAGCUACAAAACAGAAUUUAGAGGUCGCAUUCGUUACGAAGGCGAACUUCAAGGAAAAGAUUGUCUUGUGUACAAUGCCUCCAGGGUGUUUGCUGUUUCCUGUAAGGAAGAACAUGUGGGUUUAUGCUUGUACGAAAAAGUACACAAUGCCGGGAGUAUUUUGUGCGGUGGUGAGACAAACUGUGUCGAAGUUACUCAACGAACUAACCCGAAAUGUGUCUGCGCGCGAGAGUCGUUCUCCCUCGGGGAAUAUGAAGAGGCCGAGUUUCUGGAUCCACAGGAAAAUAAUAUCUAUUCAUUAAUGGCACGAGAUAGAAGUUGUGGUAUCGGGAUUAGAAAAACUGUCAAUGGUACUUUUGCCUGGAACAACUCCAUGAGAGACCUUGAUUAUAGUUUUUGGUCUCCUGAAGCUACUUUUGACGAUGACAGUAACUACGUGGUGUCAACUGAAAAUGGUUGGAUUUUGUCAAAGGGAUCAGUAUCGUGCACUUUGACACAGAAAAACAUAGAGAGAUUGUCAUCAAGUUUAUACCUUAGUGUUUUUAAAGACAAUAUUUUACAUUUGACAGUCGAGUUGCCAAGUGGCUUACAGACAGACGACAAACGUCAGGAUCCUCUAGUUUUUUGUUUUACUGAUACUGAUCCUAUAAGUUUGCCCUAUCGAUAUCCACAGGUAAACAUCAUGUAUAGAGGUGACACUUCUAUCAUAUACCAGUUCGAGUCUUUUGGAAAUGUACCUGGUCACCACUGGUGCGAAGUCUUUACGUAUCCAGAUUCAGAAACUCUCACCAGUAAUGUAAUUUUUGUGAACCCAAAGAGUACCAACUUUCCGGAUCACUUUGUCGCCACAUAUUUACUAAACUAUACCACAGAGAUAAAUCCUUUAAGUUCUGAUAUCACUAACUUGAUGAAGUCAUACGUACUUAGUAGCAAUUGCUUAUACCAGAUAAUCAAAAUUGUAAACUUGGAUGAAACCAAUAAAGUCGUUUCGAUCAAGCUCCGUUACAGCUGCCCAAGUGAUAGCUUACCCGAUAGCAUAAAUAUCCAGAGAAUUAGUUUACAAAAGGUAGAUUUCUGUCCAAGAGUGGUUGAAAACGACGUGAUCUGGAAUGAAACCAGAGCAGGAACUGUAGCCAGUCCUUCAGAACCUUGUUUCACUCAGGAAGGUUAUGAUUUACAACGACCGUGUGUUGACGAUAGUUUCAAUGGAGCCUAUUGGGCUAAGGCAAAGUGCAACCUUCCCAAAAAGUCUUCAGUAACAAAGCAGUUGCUAGAAAAGGCCAGCGAUCCAGAUCAAGGUAUAUCAGAAUUGCAAAUUAUAUCACGAAGCUAUGCACAUUUCAAGGCUUACGAUGUGCUCAUUGUUGGAAAAACAUUGCAAGAGUACAGUUUUAGUGAAACGUCAAAUUGUGUUGAUAAAAUGUUCAAAAUUAUUGAUAUAGGAGACAACAUAUUGAAUAUUGAAAGUGAUAUUAUAGUGGAGUCACAACAGAAAAUGCAUGCUGUGGAUGUUUGGCUAUACGUGAUGAGUCAUAUUCAAAACAUUUGUCGCACUGAAGAUGUUUUUAUGCAAAUUACCAAAAAUAUUUUCUUCAUUAUUUGGAGAACUACAGCAUGGUGUAGAACAAAUAGUGGUGGUGAAGAAACGGUAUUUUUGCAAAAUAUCACAGCUUUGAGUGACAUAUUAAACAGAAAAGAGAUAGAAAGUGCCAUUUGGAUAAACACAUCUUCCGAUCCUACUCUUACGACUGAAAGAGCGUUGAAGUACUAUCCAACGCAAGGUUUUUUUUUUGAUAAGUCUGAGUUAGGAAAUGUUAGUUACGUGUAUGAAUUAAAUAUUCUUGACACCUACAUAGACGUGUCAUCACUUGUCUACCAAACUCCAGUGUGGCUCAUUCAACGGUUUGAUAAUGUUUACACGCGUAACAGAAAAGUGAAAUGCGCCCUUUGGAACUAUGGAAAUGUGACCGCCAGAGUUGAAGGUUCGUGGUUGGUGGAUGGUGACUUAAGUAUAACCAAGACCCACUUUAUCUGCAAAUUUAGAACCGUGGGAAGCUACGCCAUGAUACUAGCACCUGAGGGUAACCCAGGAGACGAUUUGAAGGAACUACCAGAGUCAAAUAGCACAUCUUCCGAUAUUCUUUCAAAACUUGCUCAAGUCACAUCUACACCAAAGGGUAACCCAGGAGACGAUUUGAAGGAACUACUAGAGUCAAAUAGCUCAUCUUCCGAUAUUCUUUCAAGACUUGCUCAAGUCACAUCUACACCAAAGGGUAACCCAGGAGACGAUUUGAAGGAACUACUAGAGUCAAAUAGCACAUCUUCCGAUAUUCUUUCAAGACUUGUUCAAGUCACAUCUACACCAAAGGGUAACCCAGGAGACGAUUUGAAGGAACUACUAGAGUCAAAUAGCACAUCUUCCGAUAUUCUUUCAAGACUUGCUCAAGUCACAUCUACACCAAAGGGUAACCCAGGAGACGAUUUGAAGGAACUACUAGAGUCAAAUAGCACAUCUUCCGAUAUUCUUUCAAGACUUACUCAAGUCACAUCUACACCAAAGGGUAACCCAGGAGACGAUUUGAAGGAACUACUAGAGUCAAAUAGCACAUCUUCCGAUAUUCUUUCAAGACUUGCUCAAGUCACAUCUACACCAAAGGGAUUUGUGUCUUCUGACGUGGUCCUCAUUGGCCUAAUCCUUCAGAAAAUCCGCACCCACAAAGACAUCAAUUUGAACCUCCUCGGCGACACCAUCAACAACUUGCAAAAUUUCGACAAAACUGUUCUAGAAACGAGUCAAAAAGAACGUAGUGCAACUGAUAGCAUUUUAUACAACAUUGACACAAUUCUACAGAAUUAUGAGUGUCAAAAUGUGUGUCGAGUGACGAAAGACAAGUUCGUGACCGUGAUCUACAACACACAGGAUGCUGAUUUUGGGGCCUUGGUGCUUCUGGAUAACGGCGAAGUGGAAAUUUUAACUGGUAAAGUAACACCUUCGGAUCUAACCCGCUACAAAAAUUUCGACAGUGCUGUUUUGCUAAGCCCCGAACUCAACUCUCAGUUGGAGGGCGACGCCAAAGUGAUAGUUAGCAUCUUCUACAACGACAGUUUGUUUAUCGAAACGAAAAAGAGUUCCCAUUAUCGCGUUACGGGGAAGAUCUACAGCGUCAUUCUCCACGAAAUCCUCGCCAACUAUUCCGGACCUUUGUCAGUCAUCCAUAGAAUGAAACCUACAACUCGGGAGAAGCAGUGCUCGUACUGGUUUUACAACCCACCUCGACACGUAGCAGGGUUUUGGAAAAAAUACGCUACUGAUGCACGGAAUUCCCCUUGGGUCCAGUGCGACUUCUGGCACACUACGCAUUUCGGGGUUUUGUUGCUGGUGGAUUCGUAUGAAGAAACGCCAGCGUUGGACUUCAUCACCACAGCGUGCUGCCUUUUGUCUCUAUUUGGUUACUUUUCCCUACUUUUGACCGCGUUUCUGUACAGAAGUUGGAGGACCAAAGGUGCGAACAAAUUUUUGCUUAAUUUUGCGGUCUCCGGCUUGGUUCAAAUUUUGGUCUUCUAUGUUUCCACACACGCGAAUAAAAAGUACUUAAAUAAUCAUACCUUCUGUGUGGCUAGUGGCGUAAUUCUUCACUACUCCGUUCUAGUCCAGUUUUGCUGGAUGUUUAUUAUUGCACAUCUCCAGUAUAAAAAACUAAUUCUGAAUAGUCAUGAGCAAACGACACAUUUUUUGUUAAAGAUGAACUUAAUGGCUUGGGGGCUUCCACUUAUCGUGAUCUUGAGUGUCUUGGCAUCUGGUGACUUCUAUGGUAACAAUAAAUUAGGGAUUUGCUACCCUACUGGAACCGCUUUAUAUUUAGGGGUUUGGUGGCCCAUUUCUAUAGUUGUCGCUAAUAAUUUCGUCAUCUACGUGUUCAUUAUCGAUGCGAUUCUUAACACAAAAGAUAGUUUGAAGCGUCACGGACCUGACGAUUCGUCUCGUCAUCUAGUACGUAUUGGGUCUCUUUUUUUCUUUCUGGGAUUGACUUGGAUUUUUGGCUUUUUGGGAGAAUUGUCACACAGUAAGGUUUUUAUUUAUCUUUUUGAUACUUUUGCAACGUUACAGGGAUUUGUGUUAUUUUUAAUAUAUAUCGCCUUUAGUAAGAGUGUCAAACAGUUGUAUCUAAACAAAGUCAAAAAGACGAGAAAACGUCAUGAGACCGACAUUCGAAUGUCGAAUUAGAUCUAAUGGGUAGUUAUUAGUUGUGAUACUAAUUUCUGAACUAAUAAAUUCAUGUGCAGUUGUAAUACUA